GAUAUCACAACAUUGUAGUAAACAAGAGUAGAACCAUUUAGAGAUACCAGGCUAGCUACAUGCAGCUGAUACAAAUAAUUAUUUCGAUAGUCUAAUUCAUGUCAUCGGAGGAGAUGAAUUUAUCAGUAAACGGUCAUUCUCGCGUCCCUCCGGGCUUCCGGUUUCAUCCAACUGAAGAAGAACUACUGCACUAUUACUUGAGAAAGAAAGUAGGUUAUCAGAAGAUUGAUCUUGAUGUCAUCCCGGAUGUUGAUCUUAACAAGCUGGAGCCCUGGGACAUCCAAGAGAAGUGCAAAAUAGGAUCGACUCCACAAAAUGAUUGGUACUUCUUCAGUCACAAAGACAAGAAGUAUCCGACAGGUACUCGGACGAAUAGAGCAACGACUGCUGGAUUCUGGAAAGCAACGGGGCGGGAUAAGGUGAUCUUCAGCAGCUUGCGAAGAAUUGGGAUGAGGAAGACCUUGGUGUUUUACAAAGGAAGAGCGCCGCAUGGCCAGAAGUCCGACUGGAUUAUGCAUGAGUAUCGUCUCGACGAACAUGAUAGCACUAGUUCUAUUACUCUGCACUCGGCUAGUGAGUCAGCUGGAGGAGAAGACGGAUGGGUGGUUUGUCGGCUUUUCAAGAAGAAAAACUACCACAGGGCACUCGGGAGUCCACAGGGCUCAUCAUCCACCAUCUCUCUGGACUCAAGGAGGCUGAUCCGCGGCUCUGCUGAUCAUCACGACCAAGGGGACGUUAUGGAUCAGAUACUUUUGUACAUGGGAAAGUCGUGCAAAAAGGAAGAUCUUCAUCAUCAGAAUUCGAGUACUGUUAUCAAUAACUCGAAUCCCACAAGUCAUCUUCAAUUCAUUAGUACUACCAAUCCAACAAUGAUAAGUACUAGUAGCCCCGAAGAUGAUAUCGAUGAUAAUCAUCUAGCCCAUGCAAGAUUCUUGCAUCUUCCAGGACUCGAAAACACUAGUCCCUCCCUACUCCCUCCCAAUAGCAACAUCACUCAUCAAGACGACAAAGACUGCAGUUUCAAGUCCAUUGAACAAUCCAUAGACGAUGAGCUAAUGUUCGCUACUCAUCAACCAACCAUCGAAGACCAUCAUCUCGAGGACUCGAAAAAUGGAUACAAUGAUUGGGCUUCACUACACCGCCUCGUUGCUUCGCAGCUCAAUGGCCAAGCAGCAGACACAUCAUCCAAACAACUAUCUACCUGCUGUUACAGCCAAGAUCAAGCUCUCGACGAUGACGACGAAGAUUUCUUCAGCUUUUCCUUCGAUCAUCAUGACUCUGAAGCCUUACAGAACCCUCCACGUCUGAGUAAAAUGAAUCAAGGUCCUCAAGUGAACAACAACGAGGUCUGGAACUUUCUUCGCACUUCCUCAACAUCAUCCAGUACCGAUCCUCUGUGGAACUUAUCUGUAUAAUACAUAUACAUGCACGCAGCUAAGUAUGAUUGUUAAAUCCUUACAUACACACAGAUAUACGUACACAACAAAUAUAUAUGUAUGAGUAUGGUCAUGCAUAAUAUACAUGCAGCGAUGCAGACAUAUGUAUGGUAUGUACCUACGUAAAUUACAUGUUCGCAUUCUCAUAAUAAACAGGUAAAGUAAUUAAUAUCUGA